AUGUAAAAAGAUUAAUUGAAUUAACAGGAGGUCCAAAACUCUUUGAAGAACGACUUGACAAAACAUUUUCCAAUAAAACUUAUCUAAAUAGUUAUUAUAACAUAGGAAAUGAACCUGAUUUCUUUCAUGUUUGUUUAUAUCAUUUUAUUGGAAAGCAAUAUAAAAGUGUUGAGGUUAUUCGAGAUAUUUUAAAAACUAGGUUUGGAAGUGGGCAGGAUGGUGUGCCAGGAAAUGAUGAUUCAGGAGCGAUGGGAAGUUGGUUUGCUUUUAAUGUAAUCGGAUUAUAUCCACUGGCCGGCACGGAUAUAUAUCUAAUCAACUCACCACAUUUUAAUAAAGUAAUAAUAUAUAUGUCACCACAAAAAACAUUUACAAUUUUGGCCCAUAAUUUAACGAGCGAAACUCACGCAAAUCCAUAUGUUCAAAGCGUAAAGAUCAAUAAUAAAAAUUGGAAAAAAACGUGGUUUAGGCACUCUGAUAUUACAAAUGGUGCAAUUAUGGAAUUCGUAAUGGGUCCAGAGCCAAGUAAAGUUUGGGGUGUUAUUGGAGAAAAUGAUGAUAAAAUCGAUGUGGAAGAUAGAGUAGUGCCUCCUAGCAUGAGUAGUACUAAUAUUGAUGACUAA